AUGCAUACUUUACCAGCCAGCGGAGAUUCAACACAUCGCGGAUUGCACAGUUUGAAAAAUGCAAGAAAAGCGUUGGAUAAUGAGCCGCUUUUGAGAUUUCGAGAAGCGAAAAAGGUUUUGGGUGAUGUUUAUGGAGAAUUGAAAGAUAAUGUAGCGGAAUUAGAAGCGGUUUAUGGGGGUGAGUCAUUUUUUUGAGAGGGAAUUACAUCACGGUUUUUGGAAGAGAGCUGAUGAGCUUGCAUAGUACUCAAGACUUAUUUUAUAAUGGGUUUCAGUAUUUUUUCGAUAAGGCCAUCUUGAAUUUAUAAUUAUAUGUUCUAGUAAGCACAAUUCUGAAAUGAGUUAUGACGUGGCAAAAUUCAAAAAUUAUAAAAAAAAAACAUCGCGACUUCACAAGAUUGUAACUUUCUUCAAUAUUAAAGCCAUUCAACUGAUAAUAUAAAUUUUGCGAGUCAAAAAUCAUUAGAAAUAUUCUCUCAAAAUUAAGUUGAAGCUUGAAAGUACCUGUGACCAAACGAUAUAAAGUUUGAGAUUUAGAAAACAUUCAUAGAUAAAAUGGGUCCCCAGAAUCGGGGUGAGGGGCAUAACUUUUUGCAAAAAUCUGAAGGGAAGGGUGCCUAACUUGGCCAAUUUUCUGCUGAUAAUUUACCAAAAUUUGCUCAAAAAUCUGAGAAAGGUGUUUAACUUUGAAAAAUUUUCAAGGAGGGAUCCUAACUUUAAAAAAUGACUCGGGGGACCUAUUUUAUGUAUGAAAACAUUGCCAAAAUAAAUUAAAUGUGAAACUUGGUCUAUGAUAAAAAUAUUGAAAUGUGGUUUUAGAUUCUGAACCUACAAGCUAGUUUACUGUGGAACUAAUUAUUACAAACCGAAACCAUUCCAUCGAAAUUCAAAUGAAACUGACUUAUCGUAACUAGAAAAACCAUGGAAUCCCAGAAAUAAAAAUUGUGUUUUUCUAGAAAUCAAAGAUGAGAAAAUCGUGGCCUCUGAACAACGACAAGAAGUUGAAGCAAUACGAGAUUCGAUAAAAACAAUAAUGGACACAUUUCAAAGAGAUAAUAUGAAAGUAGUAUUCUUCGGAAGAACAAGUAACGGAAAAAGCACAACAAUCAAUGCAAUGUUACAUGAAAAAGUAUUGCCACAAGGAAUGGGACACACAACUUGUUGUUUUUUGCAAGUACAAGGAUGUGAUGAGGAAAAAGGAUAUUUACAAUUAGAUGAUAAUGAGGAUAAAAAAUUGGAAAUGGAAAUGUUGAGCAAAAUUGGGGAUGCAUUGAGUAAUGAAAAUGAGGAUUUGCCAGCAAUGGGACAGGAUUCGUUGUUGAAGAUUUUUCAUCCGAAACAAACGGAAACUGGCGAAAAUCGAUUAUUGCAAAAUGAUGUUGUUAUAUUGGAUAGGUAAGAUAAUUAGGAGAUGAAGGAACACGACGAACAUCUAAAAUAAUGUUUUGCUCUUCCUUAUCAGUACAGUUUUAUCAUCAUUUGUCAGAAAAAUUGCAUCAUGAGUCAUUUUUUUUUGAAUUGAGUUUGAUACUGAUCAAAAAUCAAUCAAGAAGUUUUUGUCAAUCUCAAAAUUUGAUAAUUUUAUUGCUAUUUUUAAAUGCUGAAAACAAAUUAAAUCACGAUUCUCAAUUUUUUCAAACUCAAAAAAAGAGACCCUUUGGGUUUAUUUUUUGCUAAAAGUCUAACUUAAAUUCAACAAAUCCCCACUCAAACAAUGCUAUUUUUCUAGUCCUGGUGUCGAUUUAUCUCCCGAAUUUGAUGGAUGGAUUGAUAAACAUUGUCUAGAUGCUGAUGUUUUUGUUCUUGUCUCAAAUGCUGAAUCAACUUUAACUCAAGCCGAAAAGAAUUUCUUCCUUCGAGUUUCGAAAAAACUCAGCAAACCAAAUGUUUUCAUUUUGAAUAAUCGAUGGGAUGCAAGUGCUGCUGAUAUGGAUAAUAUUGAAAGUGUCAAAAAACAACAUCUAACAAGAUUUCGACAAUUUCUUGUUGAUGAACUCGAAGUUUGUAAUGAAAGAGAAGUAAAUGAUCGCAUCUUUUUUGUUUCGGCCAGAGAAGUUUUGGAGGCAAGAUUGAAAGCAAGAGGAAUUAUAACAAGGAAUUAUCAGGCGGAUGGACAUGGAACAAGAGCAUUGGAAUUUCAGAAUUUUGAAAGACAUUUUGAACAAUGUAUUUCGAAGUCGGCGAUUCAUACGAAAUUUGAGGCGCAUAAUAGAAGAGCACAUGAAAUGAUUGGAAAAAUGAGAACAAAUUUAAACACGGUGCUUACUUCGGCAGCGGAGCAAAGAACUAAUCUACAAAAUACACUGAAUGUAAGGUUUUUGGAAUUUUGGGUGGAUUUUCGGGAGAAAAUUGAAACUCGAUGAAAAAAUCGAUUUUCUUUGGAAACUUAAAAAAAUAAAACUUAGAUUUUUUGACAUUCAGAAAAAUCACUGAUCCUAUUAUUUUCCUCAUUUUUACCAGUUUUUUUUCUAAAAAGACUUCCAUGUGAAUAUUCUAAACCCCCAAAAAAUUACGUUUCAAAAAAAUUUCUAUGAUAAAAUUGUCAGUUCAAAAUAAAUAUAAUUUGGUUUCACUAUUUAUCAAUUUUUCAGGAAAAUACUCGUCUAUUCAACGAAUGUCGCGUGAAUUUCUCAACAUUUGAGAAAGCAUAUCGCGAACAAACCGAAAGAUUGCGUGCCGAAGUUCAUUUGAAAGUUUCGGCCGACUUUUUCGAAGAAAUUGCGAGACUUGACGCAAUUAUUGAUCGAUUCGAAGAGCCUUUUGAUGGUUCGUCAGCUGGAAUGACGAAAUAUAAACAGGAUUUGGCGGUAUUUGUUGAUAAAUGUUUGAGUAGCGAUUUAGAAGCGAGAUGUACUGGUGGAUUAAUGUCGAGAAUUUGGAAUCUUGAAAAUGAUAUGUUCCGUAAGAAAUUUAUACUGUUUUGUUGAAUAAGAAUUCGAAGAAAAAAAAAAAGAACAUUUUCAGAAUACGUCACCAAAAUUCUCGCUGAACCAUAUCAAAAUAAAUUGGAAGAAGUUUGGAGAUAUCGCGCUCCUUUUAAGUUUAGUAUUUGUGUUGAUGUUCCGGCUCUUGUCAAGUAAGUUGUUUCAAUAUUUUUUAAAUAAAAUAAAAUACUUUUUUUCAGUGAUUUCCAUGAAGAUUUGGAAUUUCGAUUCACAUUUGGAUUGCAUGCGAUGAUUAGAAGAAUAAUUGCAUAUCGAAGUGGACAACCAGUUACAGCGAUCAACGCGAAUUUAUUGACGCCUUUGUCGUUGGUAAGAAAUGAAAUUUUGCAAAUCAAGAACCAGAUUUUGAUUAAAUUAAUUUUUUGGUUAAAAAUCUCAACUCAUAUUUUCAGUUCCAUAAUCCCAAUUAUUUUUCCAGCAAAAGAAAAACGCUGAAAACGUGGUGCGAGAUGAAAAUAUGGCAGCAGCCGCUGAAGAACAAGCAAUGAUGACACAAAUGGUUCUUACAUCAGCCGCUUUCUUAGCCAAUGGUUCCCUUGGUGUUUUGGUUGUUGGUGGUAUUGUUUAUAAAGCAGUUGGUUGGAGAGUUAUUGCAAUUGGUGGAGCUGCUUAUGGUGGAUUAUAUGCAUGGGAAAGAAUGCGAUGGAAUUCAUCGGCUAAAGAACAACAUUUGAAAGAACAGUUUAGAUCGCAUUUAGCAGCGAGAAUGCAACAUGUUGCUGCUGCACAUACAACGCAUUGUGAGACACAGGCUAUUAGGUUAGUUGGGAGUUGUGUAUUUGUAAAGUGAACAUUUUUUGCGAAUGAAAUUUUGCUACAUCUUGUUUUCGAUAAUUUCGAAAUUAGAAUUUGUCUAUAAAAAUCCUCAAAAAAUAUCAAAGAAUAAACAGAUACUUUUGAAAUUCGAUGGAAAUAUUUUUCCGAAAAAAAAGUUCACUGUUUCAAAAAAGUUUUAUAGAAAAAUGAUGUUCUCUAAUUUUCUGAUAAGGCAAAGAACCCUUUUUGAAAAAGAAAAUUCAACCACUCUUUUACAAUAAAAAUUUACUGUUUCCAAAUUUUUCUAAAGAAUAUUUUAAUUUGUUAUUUUUGGUAUAUGUGACUUGAAGAAAAAUUCAAAUAACAUUUUCCCCAAAAAUUUUCAUUGUUUCAAAAAAUAGAAAAAAUCUGUUUUUUUUUUCAUUUUCAAUCAACUGCUCCUCUUUUUUCAGAGAAAUGGACCAAGUUUUCGAUGGUCUUCGAGCUACAGUCGGAGGAGUUCAUCGAGAAAUGAAAGCCGAUUUGGAUGAACAAAAAACAGUUAUCGAUGGAGUCGAUUCGGUUAUUCGAACACUUGGAACUAUCAAGUUUGUCUAACUAUAUUUAUUUUUCAAGUUAACUUAACUAUAAUUUCUUUUCAGAGGAAAAGCUGUAUUUUUACUACGAAAUCUCGAACAAUUUGCAUCUUCUUAUCUUCGAUCUGAUUCUCCAAGUUCUCCUUGA